AUGUGGGCGGAAGAGGUGACCACAGUGGAAACCAAACGACUACACCGGCAGACGAAGGCCAUCUACCAAGACAACAAGCUGGAGGCUCAAGCCAUAGAACAUGCCUUCAGAAAGCACCUCGACGAUGGGUUGAUAAACAACCCAAUAACAAAGAACCUAAAUCCGAGUGCCGAAUGGGAUAUCCUCAACGCUGUCAUCACAGAAACCUGCAGCAAGACCCUCGGCCAGAUCGAAAGAAAACACCAGGAUUGGUUUGGUGAAAAUAUCCAGGAAAUCGACGUAUUCGUCAAUGCACCACUGGUGGCCGUGUACGCUGUGCGGGGACAGACUGCUCAACUACCGUGUAACUUGACCACAGCCCCUGAGGAUCCCGUCAUACUGGUCCUCUGGUACAAGAAUGGCACAAAGACCCCGGUGUUCAGUGUGGAUUCUAGAACGCGGGGGCACCACCAGCAGGAGGGGAGCGGCAGCAUGAGAGCGUCUGACGCCUUCGGGGGUCGUGCCACCUUCCAGGAGCAUCGGCGGUGGAGCUGGGCGCUGGUGGUGAGGGAGGUGGAGUUUAGCGACCAGGGCGAAUACCGCUGUCGCCUUGACUUCCAGUCCUCACCCACACACAACGCCAGGGUCCUUCUUCAUGUUGUGGACCUGCCUCGCCAUUUACGCAUCUACAGUUCCGGGGGCGCACUCGUAGAGGAUGUGGCGUCUGUAGAAGAGAACCACCCGCUAACUCUCUCCUGUAGAGCUGCGGGAGGUGAGCCGCUGCCCAACGUUACCUGGUGGUCGGGGUCAACGCUGCUAGACUCUGAGGUGGAGGAACGGCAGGAGGGCAUCACAUCACUGGCCACACCCUCUACCACGCCUGCCGCGCCCUACGUGACCAACACCCUGCAUGUAGCGGCCGUCACGCGCGCCCACCUCACCCAUAACCUAACCUGCACGGCGGCCAACACACCUGCUCUCCCCCCGCUAAGUGCCUCUGUCCUCCUCCAAGAGACAGACUCUGAGCUGGAAGUGACGCUCACCAAGCCUGGGAUGAAGCUGUCAGGAGGUCGCCAGUAUGACAUAAGGUGUGAAGCUUCAGGAGUCAGACCCCCACCUGUCCUUACCUGGUGGCUCAGAGGACAACACCUCACCCAUAACAUCCAUGUGCAGACUCUGGGGCUAGACUCCACAGUUUCUCUGAUGCGUCUGCUGGCUACUGCUGGCGACGACGGAGGUCUGCUAGAGUGCCGCGCCGCCGCACCCACACUGCCGCACCUCACUGCCACAGACUCUAUCAGACUCACCGUUCACUAUGUCCCAGAGGCGAGCAUCAGCAUCGAGGGCGGAGGUGGCCAGGGGCGGGCGACCAGCAAGGUGGGCGGUGUAGGAGGCGUGGGCGGCCUACGGGCAGGUGACUCUGCCACCCUCACGUGUGCCGCCCGCGCCAACCCACCAGCCUACAAUUUCACCUUCCUGUUCAAUGGUCGUCCUCUACAUCGAGCUAACAUCGUGGAGAGUAAACCUACCCUCACGUUACUGCAGCUGGACUAUAGGGACGGAGGCCUGUACACCUGCCUAGCCUCCAACUCUGAGGGUGAUGGACAGAGCAACGCCGUUGGUCUACAUAUUGACUAUGCCCCGGUGUGUGAGUGGGAAGGAGCGAGGGAGGUGUUGGCGGUGGUGGGGGAGAAGGUGGAGAUAGAGUGUCGUGUGAGAGCCUCUCCCCCACAAGUCACCUACACCUGGGAGAGUGUCACCUACACCUCCAACAUGGACCAGAUACGGUCGCCACUACACCACGGAGACGAAGGGUUGACGUCCGUUGGUUGGGCCGUGGCUGACAACACUACCAGCGGGACUCAACGGGCCGAGUGUCAGCCCAGCAACGAGGUGGGGCCAGCUGACAGACCUUGCCUCUUCACCAUCCUCCUCGUCGAUGAACCGAGUGAGUUGAUUGGCUGUUUCUACCACGACGUCACUACAGACUCUGCUGGUGUCACGUGUUCUCCUGACGUCACCACGAGUCAACUCAAACAGACCUAUCAUAUUGAGGUGCGGGAGGGGUCGGUGGUGGUAGCGGCGUACAACAACACAGAGCCCAGGUUCAACCUCACCUCACUGGCGCCAGGACGAGACUACGUGCUGGCCAUGUUCGCCAGCCACGCCAAGGGCCGCGGCCACCAGACCACCUUGUUGAUGAAGACCCACACACCCAAGGCGGAGCAGGUGGCACCUGAGAGGGUGUCCGUCAACUCAGUGAAAACUCCGAGCGAGGAAACCCCGCCACCCACGGAGUCUCCACGCAACAACGGAGGUACGCCCGUGAGUGUGGUCGUCUCUGGCGUAGUUGUGGGCGUGGUGGUGGGCGUAGCAGUGGUGGUAGCGGGCGUGGUGACCUGUAGGGCUCGUCGUUCUCAGAGUUCGUCCCCCGGCAAAGCUCACCAGUACCACAAUGCCUCAAGGAACUCGCUACUGGAGCUGCCUCAGAGUGCAGUGUACCAGUCUUGUACUAGUCAUCUGUCUCACGACCUGCUGACGACGUUCGCGCCGGGACCCGUGGUAGUGACGCAGGUGACGUCAGCCAGGUCCUCCAAGAGACCUUCUCCACUCCUACGGAAAUCCUCCACCCGCAGCGCUCCUGGGGGAACCUCUCCCAGGGGGAUGCGCCCCAGAAGCGCCUCUUGCCGCGGGGGUCCUGUACACGUAGUGGAGGUGGAGGCUGAUGACAUCACCACCCCCAGAGUAGAGAUUCAGUCCCCCACCAGGAUGUCGCGUCUCAGUUUGCAGGCUGAGGCGUUCAAGCUCCGCCGCGAGUCUCCUCCGCGUUUGUCUAUUCAUCGUGAACCCCUGCAGCAGAAACAGCCAGAACCCCAGGCUGACCCACUUCAUCAUCCUCUUGCGAGUCCUCAGGGGGAAGUCCAUCCUGACCCUCCCCAGCUCCACGCUACGUCCCAAGUUCAUCUGUCACCCCAGUCAUUCUCAGUAGCACCCCAACAUGUUCAUCCCUCGACACAGUCACGCCUCUCACCCCAGCCUUACGAUGCCGUCACCCAACAGCAUCUUCACCCCCAGGUUCACACUGUCACUCUCCCUCACACUAUACCACAGAUAACACUCACUCCUCAAGCUCACACUGCCACUCUGCCCCAGAACACAUCCCAGGGUGUCCCGACCUCACAGUCCCACACUGGUGACGUUGCUCAUACUUCCUCCCAUUUGCAUACGUCAACGCUGCCACGUCCUGGCCUUCAGAAGUACGGUGGUGCGCCUAAACGCUCAGACUCCCCGGGUCGGUCAUCGCCCGUAACCCGUACCGGCACUCCUCCCCACAACGCCGGCAUCGCGCAAAUCACCUCCACUCUCCCUCGUAAUUCCACCCUCCUACAUACUGACUCCCUCCCACACAUCAAUCCUAUUCCACACACUGCCACUCUCCCACACACGGCGACACACUCACACCCACGUACACACGGGGGGACACACACACACACGGGUACACGUCCCUACACGGGUACACUGUCGCGUCUGGCAUCUCAGGUUCACUCUCCUGCUCAAGAUUACUCAUCCUUGCAGCAGCAGUCUCAUCUCCCCUCCCAGCACCUCCCAGGGCACCACCUUCCCCAGUCCCCCACGGGAGACCCCCAGGUGGACCAAUCCCCCCACCUCUCCCCCCACCCUCAUAUGGAAGCACCACCUACAAUACAUUGUAGCUCACCUGAACGUGCUUCAAUAAAACUUUAUCCAACUUUUCGGUAG